GCUCGCUCCCGGAGGCGCUCAGAAGCGAGCAGGAAACGCAAACGGAACGGCGGCAGUGCAGUGCGCGCGCGCGCGGCUCGAACACGCACCCGCUCGCUGUUUCGUUAAUCUUGUUUUUUAUAAGUGCGUUUUUUUUCUCUCAGCUGGUUGCAGCUGCGCCGACAUUCUUUUCUUUUUGCACGCUUUUUUUAUUGUAUUUAUUAUUAUUAUUAUUAUUAUUAUUAUUAUUAUUAUUAUUAUUAUUACCCCCCCUGCUCGGUGUGACGUCUCGUGCCCGGAGGAUUAAACCCGUCUUGCUCGCGCGCGGCGAUGGAGAAAAUGUCGCGGCCCGUCAACUCCGCUUUCCUGCCUCCAACCCACGGAGUGCUCAAAUCCCUCCUGGAGAACCCCAUGAAGCUGCCCUUCCACCACGACGAGGGUUUUGGUAAAGAGAAGGAGAAAGAGAAGAAGCUAGAGGAAGAUGGCGGCGGAGCGAAUGCGCCUCAGUCGGCCUUUCUCGGCCCGACGCUUUGGGACAAAACGCUGCCGUACGAUGGAGACAACUUCCAGUUGGAGUACAUGGACCUGGAGGAGUUCCUGUCUGAAAACGGCAUCCCCGCCAACUCGCAGAACGAGCAGAGUCAGAUUACCCAGCAGCCCCUACAGCAGAGCCCGACCCUGCCUUCACCGCCCUCUGUGGUGGACCUGAGCAACCGAGCCAGCACCUCAGUACAAGCCGACAUGGUGACACAGGGCUGCCUACACAGCCCCAGCCGAGCAGGUCUGCCAUCAAAUCGCAACACCCCGAGUCCGAUCGACCCCGAGUCCAUCCAGGUGCCGGUGAGUUACGAACCCGACCCGGCCGACCUCGCUCUGUCCAGUGUUCCGGGUCAGGAGAUGUUCGACCCACGCAAGCGCAAGUUCACCGUGGAGGAGCUCAAACCACAGCCCAUGAUCAAAAAAGCCCGCAAAGUCUUUAUCCCUGAAGACAUGAAGGAUGAUAAAUACUGGGCGCGGCGUCGGAAGAACAACGUAGCAGCGAAACGUUCGAGGGACGCGAGGCGCCUCAAAGAGAACCAGAUCGCCAUCCGAGCCUCCUUCCUGGAGAAAGAGAACGCGGCGCUCAGGCAAGAAGUGGCCGAGCUGCGCAAGGAACUGGGACGCUGCCGGAACGUUCUGGCUAAAUACGAGGCACGGCACGGCGCCCUGUAAACCCACCGCUGACCUCUAACCCCCGUAAAAACCCCCUUCCCCUAAUCACCAACACCACCACCUCCACCAAGGACUUCAGUGUGCCACGAUUAGAGCACUCGCCUCCACACGUCUCUUUCUCUGUCCAUCUCUGUGUCGAUGUAUUAGCGCUGUGUGGCGGGCAUUAGCGUUGAUUAGCGCCUGAUCUCUGUCACGUUUUAUUCUUUUCUUUUCUUUCCUUUCUUUUCCUUUCCUUUCCUUUCUGCACUUCCUGAUUUUCACUGGAAAGUGGUGCUGUAUUCUAUCUUUUCUUCUCUCGUUCUCUUUUUGACACUUCUGUCUCUACGUCUUGCUUCUUUCGCUUCUCAUCAUGCUAACACACAGCAUCGUCUUUCCUUUUCUUUUUGUUUUUUAUUCACACAUCGGUCACUCAGAGAGCAAUAACUCCAAACAUACAUUUAGGGAAAAGAAGCAAGAAAGCAGUGCUAGCUGACUCGCUCUUUUUCUCUCUCUCAUCUGGUUCACAGCACGUGUGUGUGUGUGUGUGUGUGUGUGUGUGUGUGUGUGUGUGUGAGAGAGAAAUUGAUUUAUACACCAUGUAUUCACUCUAUCUAGCAACAAAGCAAAUUUCCCGUGGAAGUUUUGUGCGUUGCGAUUACGUCGACAAUCAAUAAAAUCAAUCGAGAUGCGCUUUUUAAUUGUUGAAUAAACAAGUUAGCCAUGUAAUUUCA